ACCCAAGUCCGGCCCAAAGCCGCAAAGCCUGCCACGACGGCCUCUGCGUCCGGUGAUGACGAUGAUAGCGCAAAACCCACCUUGAACCCCUUCCUUGUCUCAUCGACACCACUGUCUCCCCAGAUGGCCCUAUCAUCUUUACUCCUUCUUUCUCAACCUUUCGCUAUUCCACCCAAACCCCACCGUUUAUUUCCGCUUAAAGCUCGUACCUUUCUCAUACCUGUAAAUGGCGGUGUCUGUCUCCGUCCCCGUCGCUUUACCUCCGUCAUCUUCGCCAAAGCUUCGCCGGUGGUCUUCUCCCCUAGGGAAGCGUUUGACUCUGUCAACAUUGCAGAAGACGUCACCCAGUUGAUCGGAAGUACACCGAUGGUGUACCUCAAUAAGGUUACAGAAGGCUGCGUGGGAAACAUUGCUGCAAAACUUGAGUCUAUGGAACCUUGCCGAAGCGUCAAGGACAGAAUUGGCUAUAGCAUGUUAACCAAUGCUGAAGAAAUUGGAGCAAUUUCUCCUGGCAAGACUACUUUAGUAGAACCAACAACUGGAAAUACAGGACUGGGUAUUGCAUUUGUUGCGGCAACAAAGGGAUACAAACUUAUAGUCACCAUGCCUGCUUCUAUAAAUAUUGAAAGAAGAAUCCUUUUACGUGCAUUUGGAGCAGAGAUUGUUCUGACAGAUCCUGAGAAGGGCCUGAAAGGAGCUGUUGACAAAGCUGAAGAAAUCAUUCUUAGAACACCCGAUGCUUACAUGUUGCAGCAAUUUGAUAACAUGACUAAUGUGAAGAUCCACUUCGAAACUACAGGGCCAGAGAUAUGGGAGGAUACCAUGGGUAAUGUUGAUGUACUGGUUGCUGGGAUUGGGACUGGUGGCACUAUUACAGGAACUGGGAAAUAUCUCAAACAAAUGAACAAAAAAAUAAAGGUUGUUGGUGUUGAACCUGCAGAGAGAAGUGUAAUCUCAGGGGAUAAUCCAGGUUAUCUGCCAAGCAUUUUGGAUGUCAAAUUGCUUGAUGAGGUUAUCAAGGUUACCAAUGUUGAAGCUAUUGAAAUGGCAAGGAGAUUAGCUUUGGAAGAAGGUUUACUGGUUGGGAUUUCUUCAGGAGCUGCUGCAGCUGCUGCCGUAAGUAUAGCAAGACGGCCUGAGAAUGUUGGAAAACUCAUUGUAGUUAUAUUUCCAAGCUUUGGUGAGAGGUACAUAUCCACUGCUCUCUUCAAUUCAAUCUAUGAAGAGGUACAGAGAAUGUAACCAUGAUAAGCUAGAGACCGGCUGCAUGUCAUUGACAAAUGCUUCCUGGAGAUUUGAUGAUUGAUCUCAUGGUCUCAAUAAAGAAGCUGCCUUACGUUCUGUAUAGAGUGCUAGGAGCUGAAACAGGAUGCAAAGAUGACUGAGUUGAUGUACAAUACGUCCUUUAGACCUUUCGUUCUUUUGUUCUGGUAAUGUGCGUGGCCUUUCAUUCUAUUCAUUUUAUUUUGCUUGUUGACCACAAAAUGUAUGAUACGUUGACAUGGAAGCUGUUGGGUCAUUUUGUAGCAUAGUAUAUUGUAUUGGGGGAAUUUCUACUUAGUAACGAAGUUUUGGUGGGAAGCCUUGGAAUUAGGACGCAGUAUGAUUCAAAGUCUAACAUGUCUCAAAAAGCUUAAGCUCACGAGGAAGACUUUUGUUUUUCAAAUUGUCAUGUUUCAGACCCACUUGUGAACUCGCUAAUUAUAAGAAACGCUUGAGGUUUGCUUCAUUAUGUGAUUA